AUGGUGGUGUGUGACGAGGGUGACCUGACAGUUAAGGUUCUGUCCUCUGAUGGCUCGCGGCUGCUACACAUUAUCAAUGAUCCUGGCUGUGCCAACCCACGCUUCGCAUUGUGUCAUCAGAAGAUGAUUUUCGUUUCCUAUUAUCUAGAAAGUGAUGUUAAGGUAUUUAGCAAGAAUGGAAAGUUUUUACACAGCAUCUGCAAUCCUGAGUCAGGUUGCCAACAAACGAGUGUUCCCGCUGGUUUUGCUAUUGAUAAAUUCAGUAACUUGGUGGUAUGUGAUCGUUGGAAAUCUGAUGGGUUUCAUAUUUUUACCCUUAAAGGCGAAUUUGUAAAUACAAUAGAAGGACAACACACUGAGCUUAGUGCACCUCGUUCAGUUGCUGUGUCAAGCACUGGUCAACUUUUUGUUACUGAUGUGAGCAAAAAUUGUGUUCAUGUUUUCCAAUGA